GACCCCUUCGUGGCAUUCCACGUUAACAAGGCCCUGGUGAGGAAGUACAUGAGCUCACUGCUGAUUGGGGAGCUGUCUCCGGAGCAGCCCAGCUUCGAGCCCAGCAAGAACGAGGCACUGACUCAUGAGUUCCGGGAGCUGCGGGCCGCGGUGGAGCGCAUGGGCCUCCUGAGGAGCGACCACCUCUUCUUCCUGCUGUACCUGCUGCACAUCCUGCUGCUGGAUGUCGCCGCCUGGCUCACCCUGCGCGUCUUCGGGACGUCCUUGGUGCCCUUCCUGCUCUGCGCCGUGCUGCUCAGCGUGGUGCAGGUGCAGGCUGGCUGGCUGCAGCACGACUUAGGGCACCUGUCCGUCUUCAGCACCUCCACACUGAACCACCUGCUGCAUCACUUCGUGAUCGGCCACCUGAAGGGCGCCCCUGCCAGCUGGUGGAACCACAUGCACUUCCAGCACCACGCCAAGCCCAACUGCUUCCGCAAAGACCCGGACAUCAACAUGCACCCCUUCUUCUUCGCCUUGGGGAAGGUGCUUUCUGUGGAGCUUGGGAAACAGAAGAAAAAGUACAUGCCGUACAACCACCAGCACAAGUACUUCUUCCUGAUUGGGCCACCAGCCCUGCUGCCGCUCUUCUUCCAGUGGUACAUUUUCUAUUUUGUCGUCCAGCGGAAGAAGUGGGUGGACCUGAUCUGGAUGCUCACCUUCUACGCCCGCCUGCUCCUCACCUACGUGCCGCUGCUGGGCCUCAGGGCCUUCCUGGUCCUCUUCCUCAUUGUCAGGUUUCUGGAGAGCAACUGGUUCGUGUGGGUGACGCAGAUGAACCACAUCCCCAUGCACAUCGACCACGACCGCAAUGUGGACUGGGUCUCCACCCAGCUCCAGGCCACCUGCAACGUGGAGCAGUCCUUCUUCAACGACUGGUUCAGCGGCCACCUCAACUUCCAGAUCGAGCACCACCUCUUCCCCACGAUGCCACGGCACAACUACCACAAAGUGGCACCGCUGGUGCAGUCCCUGUGCGCCAGGCACGGCAUUGCGUAUCAGUCCAAGCCGCUGCUGGCCGCCUUCGCAGACAUUGUGCACUCGCUGAAGGAGUCCGGGCAGCUGUGGCUGGACGCCUACCUUCACCAGUAGCAGCAUCUCCUGCCCGGCUCUUGUGGAAGAGGAAGUGGGUGCCUAGGGACACGGGCACGCCACUGCGCCUGGGGCUGGGGGCUGGGG